AUGGGAUCCACAAUUUCCACCUCUUCGAACUUGAGUGAAUCUCAUUGGUUAUCCGAAGAUGUGGAAGAUGAGGAGAUGUCUCUGCAACAACUUCAACAACCAAGUUCAUCCUCUUCCUAUCCUCCACCAUCGUCUUUGAGUUGUACCCCUACUGCCACCGUUUCAAGUGAGUCCAAUACGACCAGCAGCAGCACAAGCAACAUGUCAGUGCUUUCUCGCUCCCAUCGUUCAUGUUCCAAUCCAACCAAACUCCAUCAUUUCUUUAAAAGAAAUCACCAUCAUCAUGAUGACCACACUCAACAACGAUCUUUCACUAUAUAUCUUCUCUCAUGUUCGGAUUGUGGUAAGACAUGUUUCUCGAACCAAAUUAAAUCCAAAUUCGGAUUAAAGCCUUAUCCUAACGAAAAGGCUCGACUGAUGUUGAUCAUUAAAACAUGUUUGAGCACACUCCAUGAAAUUAUAUUUAAUAUUAUGAAUCAACAAGAAAAGGAUGAAUUCUUAACUGAUAUUUUGAAUUAUGAUGGAAGUAUAAGUCAAAGUAACAAUCCGAAUGAAUUAUAUGAUUUCAUUUGUAGUAUGAAUUCGCUCAACACAAAAUUUGAAUUUACAAAACAAGCCUCAAUCCUGUGCGGACAAUACAUUCAGUAUAUUUGGAGGAAAUAUCAAAUCAUUAGGGAUUUAUAUUGGAAACACAAGGAAAGUCAUAAUUUGAAUGAUAACGUUAAUAUAUUAUGUGAGGACAUGUUUUUAAUUUUGAGUGAAAGUGAUGAAACUUUGGGAGGAAAAAUUAAACAAAAUACUCGAAGGAUGAAAUUGAUGGGAGCAUCCAAGAAAUCACCACAAGUAUCACCAUCUCAACAAGUAUCACCACCACCACCAUCUCAACAAGAGACUCCUAUGGGCACCACCACAUGUAUGAAUAAUGGGACAUUAUCAUCACAACAACAACAACAACAAAAUGCUUCUCACGAUUCAUCAUCAUUUUCUGAGUUUGAGGAUAUUCCACCGACCACCACUUCACCACAAAUAGGUAGCUCACUAUUACCAUCCCAUCGUCCUUCACCCAUCAAAGAUAAAUAUACUCCUCUCAUUCGAUGCCUCACCAUUGGUAAGAGUGAAACGACUCUCAAUUAUGAUUCAAAGACUAAUUUUACUCUUGUCGAUGUUGGAGGAAGAGCUUCUGAAAAAAAGAAAUGGGAAUUUUUCCUACGAGACAAAAGAGCUGAUUUUGUACUUUAUUUUGUAUCCAUGUGUGAAUUUAAUCAAACACUGAUUGAGAAUGAUUCUGUCAAUCGUAUGAGUGAAAGUCUAAACACCUACAGAGAUGUCAUUAAUAGAGCUCUAUUAAGGGAAUGUAAAAAUGUCAUUCUCAUCUUUACCAAACCAGAUCUAUUUAUGGACAUGAUCUUGAAGAGACAGGUCGUCGAGUUCAACCCUAUGAAAUUAUUCUUAUUGGAAUCAUUAUAUUUUCUAAAUAGUACCAUUUCAACCACAAGUGCAGUGACAACCACCAUGACAACCACCAUGACAACCACCAUGACGAUGAUGACGAUGAUGAACAAUAAUACAUCCCUCUCACAUCACCACCAUUCCCUCAUUCUUCAGUCUUCACAUCCUUCAACAAAUACAUUGAAUGUGUUACAGAGCAAUGACACUCUGAGUAGUAAGGAAACAAACAAGACGAGUGUCGACCUUAAUCGAAUGACCACAAAUAAUAAUACCAUUGCAACAAGUACUACUCCUCAUCCCAUCGACACCUUUCAUUCCUCUACCGCCAACUACUCUCAUCAUGACCAACAAAAAGAAACAAACGUUGAGGAUGAGAAUACGAUCAGUCGUGAUCGAUCUCCAUCUUCUGAAAUACCAAUAACAACAACCAACAUGACCACCAACACUUCUACCUACUCCAUUCUUUCAACACUUCAAGAGGAUCCACAUACAAGUAGUACUAGUAGUAGUACCAAUACGUUGACCUACUCUGACAUCAAAUCAUCAUCAUCGCUCCAUUUAACAAGUAGUAAUAAUACUUCGACCGCUCUCACCAACACUAACACUUCAAUGUCUAACAAUAACACUAGUUUUACGAUGAGUUCUGCUCCAUUGAACAAUACUAGCACACUGAAUUUCACAACAAGUUUCAAUUCAUCAAAUAGUGACUCAUCCACAAUACUCUCUCCUAUUCGACCAGAAUUACAAAAUGUACAUCACCAAGUGAGACAACAAGUCUCUGAUAUGGUCAACUUAUUUGAGCAAGUUCACAAAGACUCGUUUUAUCAUUAUGUAAAACCAUUCCAAUAUCAUAUUGUAAAUUGUAUUGAUGGAGAGGAAUGUGGAGAGUUUAUAGAUAUUUUAAUUAGAGAGACCAUUGUGAAAUACUGUAUCGAAAGUCGUGCUACUCACGAAAGUAUUUCCUCACCACCAUUGCCACCACCACAUCACCAUCAUCAUGACACCAAACCAUCAUCAGUGAUUCAAUAUCAGCCGUUUAUUUCAAAAUGUUUAUUAGAACCCAAAGUCCCUUGGUUGCAACAACAGCUUUAUAUCUUGGUUGGAAAGUUGUCCUCAAAUUCUAAUGACAAUUCUAAGCAAUCAACAUUUGAUGAAAACUUUCAAAGGUUUUUAGAUGUGAGGGUAGUGGUGGAGGUGGUGGAGGUGGUUGGUGAGGAGGGACAUGGAUCCUGA